ACGUUACGCCCACUAGGAUCGAUACUUUGUUUCACCACGUGUUUAUUAAACGAGUAGACGUUUUCACGUUUGUGUUUGGAUAAAGCACACAGCGAGAUACAAGUAAAUUUGUUGAAUAAUAAUUGGAAGUAUAAGGAAAUGGGAGAAUCUAGAAAAGAUAUUUAUAAUGACUUGGAGAAAUUAUUGGAGCCGAUCAAGGCUGUCGAGGAGAAAUGGAAGUUGGUGCCAGCAUUUCUGAAGACGAAAGGAUUAGUAAAACAGCACAUUGAUUCCUAUAAUUACUUUAUCAAUGUUGAAAUCAAGAAAAUAGUAAAAGCCAAUGAAAAAGUUUUAAGCUUUGCUGACCCUACUUUCUACCUCAAAUAUUUGGAUAUCCACGUGGGGAAACCAGACUCGAUUGAAGACAUGCACCAUUCUCGUCUGACCACACCACAUGAGUGCAGACUGCGAGAUAUGACCUAUUCUGCACCAGUUACUGUGGAUAUUGAGUACACCAGAGGACAACAAAGGGUUGUGCGUAAUGGAAUUGCAAUUGGCAGGAUGCCAAUCAUGCUUAGGAGUUCAAACUGCACACUAGCAGGUAUUUUACCUGCAGAGAUGGCCAAGAAAAAUGAAUGUCCGUACGACUGUGGUGGAUAUUUCAUCGUCCGCGGAAACGAAAAAGUGAUUUUGAUUCAAGAGCAAAUGUCCAAAAAUCGUAUGAUUGUCGAGCAGGAUAGGAAAGGAAACAUGUCCUGCCAAGUCACCAGCAGUACCCAUGGAACGAAGACGCGUACCAACGUAAUUAUGAACAAAGGAAAAUACUAUUUAAAGCAAAAUAGUUUUCAAGAUGAUAUUCCUGUAGUCAUUGCGUUCAAAGCAAUGGGCAUUGUGUCAGAUCAAGAAAUAGUCCAAAUGAUCGGUACAGAUGACCAUGUGAUGACUUCGUUUGCACCUUCGUUAGAAGAGUGCGUUCGAGCGUCUAUAUUUACGCAACAGCAAGCAUUAAAUCAUUUGGCAAAGAAAAUGCGUCAAAAACGAUUUUUUGGGGGUCCGAAGAAAUCGCCCUUGGAUGAGGCUAGAGAAGCCCUUGCCGAAACAGUUUUAGCUCAUGUUCCCGUCGUUAAUUUCAACUUUAAAGCUAAAGCUAUGUAUUUAGCCCUGAUGAUUCGUCGAGUGAUCCAAGCAGAAAGAGACCCAACAUCGGUCGACGAUCGCGAUUAUUAUGGAAAUAAGCGUUGCGAGCUGGCAGGAUCCCUCAUUUCUCUUUUGUUCGAAGAUUUGUUCAAACGCAUGAACUUUGAGCUGAAGUCAAUCGCCGAUAAGAAUAUUCCAAAAGUUAAAGCAGCUCAGUUUGACGUGAUUAAACAUAUACGAACAGAUACCUUAACUCUAGGAUUGGAAAACGCCAUUGCUACGGGAAAUUGGACCAUCAAACGUUUCCGGAUGGAAAGACAAGGUGUCACUCAAAUGCUUUGUCGCCUAUCGUACAUUUCUGGCCUUGGAAUGAUGACUCGCGUCAAUUCACAGUUUGAAAAAACACGUAAAGUGUCCGGACCGCGUUCUCUUCAACCAUCGCAGUGGGGGAUGUUGUGUCCUUCCGACACCCCUGAAGGAGAGGGUUGCGGAUUGGUAAAAAAUUUGGCUCUGAUGACUCACAUAACAACUGAAGCCGAAGAAGAACCAAUCAUCAAAAUUGCGCAGAAUAUGGGCGUCGAAGAUAUUAACCUUUUCAGUGGCGAGGAAAUUAGUGAUCCAAGCAUCUACACAGUUUUCCUUAAUGGUAAUAUUCUCGGCUUAGUCAAGGACUACCUGCGGUUAAUCCGUUACUUUAAACUGGCUCGUCGCCACGGAUUCGUUAAUGCGUUUGUGUCCAUCUACCCGCACUUCCUUACUCGAUCGGUUUACAUCAGUUGUGAUGGUGGUCGUUUGUGUCGUCCUUACAUCAUCGUCAGACAAGGAAGACCAGCCGUAACGGAACAUCAUAUGCAAGAACUUGCCGAUAGCUUUCGGACGUUUGAGGAUUUCAUUCACGACGGAUUAGUAGAAUAUUUGGAUGUAAAUGAAGAAAACGACAGCAACAUUGCUGUCUACGAAUCCGAUAUCAACGAAGAAACGACCCAUCUUGAAAUAGAGCCGUUUACCUUGCUAGGCGUCUGUGCUGGUCUGAUUCCGUAUCCUCAUCACAAUCAGAGUCCCCGUAACACUUACCAGUGCGCCAUGGGAAAACAAGCGAUGGGAACUAUCGCUUGCAACCAACGAAAUCGUAUCGAUGGGCUUCUCUACAAUUUGGUUUACCCCCACAAGCCGAUGGUCAAAACCCGGACAAUUGAAAUGGUCAAUUUCGAGAAUAUUCCUGCUGGGCAAAACGCCAUGGUCGCUGUUAUGAGCUAUUCUGGUUUCGAUAUUGAAGAUGCUACUGUUUUGAACAAAGCCUCUUUGGAUCGAGGUUACGGUCGCUGUAUCGUUUACAAAAAUGCUAAAUGCGCCUUGAAGCGGUACAAUAAUGGAACCUCGGAUCGUGUCAACGGUCCUAUGAUUGAUCCAGUAACCAAGAAACCUGCCUGGAAACAUGAAAUCAUUGACAUCGAUGGUUUCGCUUGCGUUGGUCAACCUGUUCAACCUAAGCAGGUUUUGAUUAACAAAAUUAUGCCGACUGUUUCUGCGGUUGUCGUUACUCCUGGAGUGCCAGCAGCAGCUGCUCCAUUGCCGGAGUAUCGAGAUGUGCCAAUUACUUAUAAAGGUCCGAUUCCGUCAUACGUUGAGAAAGUUAUGUUCUCGUCCAAUGCCGAAGAGGCGAACAUUAUAAAAAUUCAGUUGAGACAAACUCGUCGACCUGAAAUCGGCGACAAGUUUAGUAGUCGGCACGGCCAAAAAGGAGUUACUGCGCUUGUUGCGGAGCAAGAAGACUUGCCAUUCACUGAGCUUGGAAUUUGCCCGGAUGUAAUCAUGAACCCUCACGGUUUUCCUUCUCGAAUGACAGUGGGUAAGCUAAUUGAACUCUUAGCUGGUAAAGCAGGUCUUAUGGAAGGCAAGUUUCACUACGGCACAGCGUUUGGUGGAUCCAAGGUCCAAGAUGUGAGUGAAGAAUUGAUGAAGCACGGAUUCAAUUACCAAGGGAAAGAGUGUAUGACGUCUGGUACAACAGGGGAGCAAUUAACGGCGUAUAUCUAUUUCGGACCGGUUUACUAUCAAAAGUUGAAGCACAUGGUGAUGGACAAGAUGCACGCACGUUCUCAAGGACCCAGAGCCAUUCUUACUCGGCAGCCGACAGAGGGUCGAGCCCGUGACGGUGGACUUCGUCUUGGUGAGAUGGAACGCGAUUGCCUGAUCGCAUACGGCUCAAGCAUGCUGAUUUUGGAGCGUUUGAUGAUUUCGAGUGAUGCUUUUAACGUCGAUGUCUGCAAUAAGUGCGGACUGAUGGGUUAUUUCGGAUGGUGCCAUUUCUGCCGAUCAAGCGCUUCUGUCUCCUCGCUCCGCAUUCCUUACGCCUGCAAACUUCUCUUUCAGGAGCUUCAAUCCAUGAACAUAGCCCCCCGUCUUAAACUAGACAAGUACUUUGACUGAACCUGGGUUUAUGUUGCUUUGGAAGUUUGCUAAAAUUACAACAGUUAAAUCUAAA